UGUCAUUGUGUGAUUUUGUCAUUUGUUUAAAUCUUUCUGGAAGAUGGACAGGGUUUGAAUUCGCAGAUCAAUUCAUCUUCAUUAUUCCACAUACUGCAGCUGAAUCGAUAUUCUUCAUUUUCGUAUUUCUCAUGACAUACUCACGACUCGGUCAACGCCCGAGCUUUCUGAGUUUCGUUCCGAUUUCUCCGAGCCAAUAAUCGGACCGAAGAAAGGCAAAAAAAAAAGGGAAAAAAAAGAGGAAAAAGGGGACCCGACCAGACGACUCACAGGCACAGCCAUGACGGGCCACACGCCCUCGUUCAGGCCCAGUGAAGAUGAUGUCGAAAAACAGCAGGUCCACAGUGAGACGAGGAUUGAGCAAUCGAAAACACGAGACACAGAAGAAGGAGGUCUCGGAGCCGUCGCCGUCCUAGAAAAGAAUGACGACGACAAAUUCAAUCGCGACACGGGUUCCAGACCCAGUGAAUCUACCGCUUCGCUGGACGAGUACCCUCCCCCGAACGGCGACAGGAUACGAGACGUAUCGACGGCGGAAGAAGAGUUACCGAGGGAGGAUACGGGAGCCGUCGGCCGGGUGGUGUCGUCAAAGUCCAGCGUGGCCCCGGAGCCAGCGCCGGAUGGGGGAUUGGCCGCGUGGCUGGUUGUCCUGAGUGGGCACCUCAUUGUGAUGAACACAUGGGGCGUCAUCAACUCGUUCGGCACAUUCCAGACCUACUACACAACGCUCCUCUCGCGGCCUCCCGAGGACAUCUCCUGGAUCGGUUCCUUCCAGAUCUUCCUCCUCUUCUUCAUCGGCGCCUUCACCGGCCGCCUCACCGAUGCCGGCUUCGCCCGCCAUUCCCUCACCAUCGGCGCCGUCCUCUGCCUGCUCGGCACCUUCGCCACCUCCUGGUGCACCCAGUACUGGCAGUUCUUCCUCGCCCAGGGCCUCUGCGUCGGGCUCGGCAACGGCUUCGUCUUCUGCCCCAGCCUGGCCGUCCUGGCCACUUGGUUCCACAGGCGCCGCGCCCUGGCCAUUGGCAUCACCGCCUCGGGGAGUGCUACCGGCGGUCUCGUGUUCCCCAGCAUGGUGAGGCAGCUGCUCCCGCGCGUCGGCUUCGGCUGGACCAUGCGCGCCAUCGGCUUUAUCCAGCUGGGUUCCUUCAUCAUCAGUAUUAUUUUUCUGCGGUCGAGGAUCAAGCCGCGCAGGUCGGGCAAGCUGGUUGAACUGGCCGCUUUUAGGGAGGGGGAGUACACUUUGUAUGCCAGCGGUGCUUUUAUGUGCUUCUUGGGCGUCUACUUCGCCUUCUACUACCUCGCCUCCUACGCCCGCGAGAUCCAGGGCAUGUCCUACCCCACCUCUCUCAACCUGCUUCUCAUCCUCAACGGCAUGGGCUACCUCGGCCGCCUGGUGCCCAACCACAUCGCCGACCGCAUCGGGACCCUCAACGUCUUGGUGCCCCUGGCUGCCAUCUCCGCCCUGCUGAUGUACUGCUGGAUGGCCGUCUCGUCGCCGGCGGGGCUCUACGUCUGGUCCGUGUUCUACGGCAUCGCGGCCGGAGGCAUCCAGUCCAUGUUCCCGGCCGCGCUGAGUGCCCUGACCACGGACCCGCGCCGCCAGGGCACGCGCAUCGGCAUGGUCUUUACCAUUGUGAGCUUUUCCGUGCUCAUCGGGUCGCCCAUAGGGGGGGCCAUCCUCACCGCUAUGGACGGCAGCUACGCCGGGGCCCAGGCGUUCGCGGGCACUUCUUUGGUCGCGGGUACGGUGCUUAUUUCCACUGCGAGAGAGGUGAAGAGACGCAAGGCGGGGCAGCCUUUCUGGACGAAGGUGUAAUAAUAAUGAAGAGGAGCCUGACUCUUGAGUUUAUCUUUUGGAUUCAUCAGCGCUGAGUAUUUCUUUCUUUCUGUUUCGAUUUUUUUUUUUUGGCAUUUUGCAUUUUGCAUUUUGCCAACACCAGCAUAUCAUGGCAAGAGCGUCAUCAUGUCAAUAGCGUCAUGACCGUAGAGUAUAGAGGAGCAUGACAUGGGUCGUUGGUUGUUCUGUUUCCACACUUGAUAUAACUUGCUCAUAGAGUCCCAGUCACGAAAGAAACGAAAAGGCUCGGGAAUGCACCAUCAACAUUACGGCUUAAUUUCUUGGCCAGGC